GGCAGCAGCAGCGAUGCGGAGCAGCAACAGAGAAGCUCCGGGUUUCACCUCCGAACACUAGCGGAACACUAGCGGAUCAUCAGCGGAUCCUCAGCGGGGACCGAGCUCGUGUCGUGCGGGACCAGAAGCUCCGGAGCUGCGGGAGGCUGCCCCCCCCCCCCUCCUGACGCCGGACCGGAGAGCAGCAGCGACCCGGACGUUCUCUGCUCACCGGACCGUCUGAGAGGAGCAGGUUCCCCGGGUGUGUUCGGUCCUUCAGCCCCGGAGGCCCGGAGGAGCUCCGCCCGAGCAGCCCCGGAGCCGGGCCCAGUCCCCGGGGGAGGAGAGCAGGAGUCUGUCCACCAUGAACCCUAUGAACCAGAUGAAGGCUGGACUGAGCAAUAACCCACACAGCGAGGGCUCGUACCCCUACGACCCCUCCAGCUGGCAGCAGCAGACCAAUCAGCCGACGGGAUCCCUCUCCGUGGUCACCACCGUCUGGGGCGUGACCAAUCCUUCCGGUGGCCAGGGUCAUGGUGGAGGGGGGAUGGGCCCCGGAGCCAACCAGGGGGGGGGCCCCAUGAUGCAGGGCCCCGGGGGUCCGGGCAUGGCCGGGGGUCCCGGGGGCUACAUGGGCCAGCAGGGCUACGGCGAGCCCAACAAGGGCUACAUGAACCAGGGCCUGUACGGCCGGGCGCCGGGGGGCUACAGCGGCGGGCCGGGGGGGUACUCGGGGAGCUACCCGUCCAACGCCGGCGGCUCCAGGGGCUCGGCCGACUUCACGCAGGCCACCGCCGCCGCCGUCGCUGCAGCCGCCGCCACGGCAACCGCCACCGCAACCGCCACCGUGGCCGCCAUCCAGGAGAAGCAACACCAGGAGAUGAACUACGGACAGAUGGGAGGUCAAGGCUACAACAACCAGUUCAUGUCCCACCCGGGCCCCCGGGGCCCCCCCGGCAUGGCCCCCGGAGGCAUCGGCCCUGGUCAAGGUCCUACCAGGGGCCCCCCCUCAAUGGGCCCCAUGUAUGGACCCGGAGGCGGUCCCCAGAGGGUCCCCCAGCAUCCAAACUAUGGCCCCGGCCCCCAGCAGGGCCACCUCCGGCCCCAGCAGGGCCUCAAGCGGCCCUACAGCUCUGAGUCUUUCUCAGGGAUGACUCAGCAGUACGGCGUCCCCGUCGGCUCCAGCGUCAACGUGAUGUCGGGACCCGGUGGCGCCGGGGGAGGGAUGGGGGGGGCAGGGGGAGGCGGUCACCCCGGGCCUGGUCAGUACCCCGGACCCAACAUGCAGUACCACCCGGGUCAAGGUCCCGCCCCUCAGAGAACUGGCCCCUCCCCCUCUUAUCAUAGCCAUAAGAUGUCGCUUCCGCAGUACCCCCCCUCUGGACCCCCAAACUCACAGUACUACAAGCAGGAGCAGUUUAAUGGUCAGGGUGGAGGUUUAAACACUCUGACCACAGGGGGCGCUGGUGGUGUCUACAGCUCCUUCAACCAACCGUCAGGGCCUGGUCGAGGGUUGCCAGGUUACCCCUCCUCACCGGUGCCCGGUAACCCGACUCCUCCCAUCACCCCGAGCAGUUCCAUGGCCCCGCCCUACAUGUCGCCUGGCAACAGUGACAUCAAGCCAAGCCCCUCCUCCUUUCUGCCCGACAUCAAACCCAACAUGGCCGGCCUGCCCCCGCCCCCUUCUACAGGUAACCCUAGCGACGACCUGCGGCUGACCUUCCCGGUGCGUGACGGCGUGGUGCUGGAGCCGUUCAGGCUGGAGCACAACCUCGCCGUCAGCAACCACGUGUUCCAGCUGCGAGACUCCGUCUACAAGACGCUCAUCAUGAGACCCGACCUGGAACUCCAGUUUAAGUGUUACCACCACGAGGAUCGACAGAUGAACACGAACUGGCCGGCGUCCGUCCAGGUGAGCGUGAACGCCACGCCUCUCACCAUCGAGCGAGGCGACAACAAAACUUCCCACAAGCCUUUGUACCUGAAGCAGGUGUGUCAGCCGGGCAGGAACACAAUCCAGAUCACCGUGACCGCCUGCUGCUGCUCGCACCUGUUCGUGCUGCAGCUGGUCCACCGGCCCUCGGUGCGCUCGGUGCUUCAGGGUCUGAUGAAGAAGAGGCUCCUCCCAGCCGAGCACUGCGUCACCAAGAUAAAAAGGAACUUCAGCAGCGGUUCGAUCCCGGGGACGCCGGGGCUGAACGGCGAGGACGGCGUGGAGCAGACCGCCAUCAGAGUCUCACUGAAGUGUCCCAUCACGUUCCGCCGCAUCCAGCUGCCGGCCAGAGGUCACGACUGCAGGCACAUACAGUGUUUUGACCUGGAGUCGUACCUGCAGCUCAACUGUGAGCGAGGAACCUGGAGAUGCCCUGUGUGCAAUAAGACGGCUCUGUUAGAAGGUCUGGAGGUGGACCAGUACAUGUUGGGAAUUCUCAUCUACGUUCAAAACUCGGAGUACGAGGAGAUCACCAUCGACCCGGUGUGCAGCUGGAAGCCGGUCCCGGUGAAGCCCGACCUCCACGUGAAGGAGGAGCCUGACGGCCCGGUGCUGAAGCGCUGCCGGACGCUCAGCCCCAGUCACAUGGUCCUGCCCAGCGUGAUGGAGAUGAUUGCGUCGCUUGGCCCCGCCCCCUCUUCCUCCGCCAAUGCCGCCUCUUCUCCGAUGCCCUAUCCUUCCAUGCCUGCAGGGGGCAGCAAUAAUAGCAGCCACACCCCCGACUACCCCGGACCAGCUCCGUCCUAUCCCGGUCAGUCCGGGACCUUCUCAGACUUCAGUGGUCCUGGGACUCCGGGAGUGGGGGGGGACUUCUCCUCCCCCGGUCCUCCCCCCCUCUCCUACCAGUCCGAGCUCUCCAGUGCCCUCCUCACCCCCGACAAGCCGCCGCCUCACCCACUGGCCGGACAGAUGUCCGUCUCAGGUCGUCUGGACUCAACUUCCCAUGGUGCACCUCUCUCCCAGCAGCAGUCGCAGGGUCUCCAUGGCAACUCGCAAAUGGGGGGCAACCAAAUGAUGCAGCGUAGCAACCAGAACCCCCGUCUCCAAGGCGAUGGCUCCUUCGGGCUCGGGCCGUCGGCCGAGGUUCCAGAACCUUCUCUGGAUCUGCUGCCCGAGCUGACGAACCCGGACGAGCUGCUGUCGUACCUCGGACCCCCGGACCUCCCGAACAACAACAACGACGACCUGCUGUCGCUGUUUGAGAACAACUGAACACACACAGAGAAUCUGAACAGCUGUGAAAUGCAAACUCCGCCUCCUCGCCGCCAACACGACUGUCGGUCCAACAUGGCCGCCGCCUGCACAGGAUGGAGUGGACGAGAAACACAAAAUGAAAAAACCUCCAACUUUUAAAUAUGAAAACUCUUUGAUGUGUGACUAUGAACUUGAUGGUAACUUUAUUUUAUAGUUUUUUUUUGUUUUUUUUAUUCUCUGAACCUGUAUGUUGAUGCUUCAUCCUUCAUUCCCUGUCGGCGCUGACAUCAUCACAGCCACUACAUCUGUUCCACGUGAGCGUCCAUGUUUCAGACUCGCCGCUGAGCCGCUCCUCCUCCGUUUCUGUUGGUCGAUUUUUAUCCAAGUGGCGUUGUUGUUCGAUGGCGUUCAGCGGUGAUGAGGAGUAAAUAUGAUCGGAAGUUCUUUCAAACCGGAAUAUUUCUGGUCCAGUUUUAAAUGUUAUGGUAUAAAUAGUUGAAGAUGAGCUUUAAAUGAACAGUUUGGUCUGUUUUUACCGACGUGUUUGUUUUUCACCCGAGUCGCUGAAGAGGGAAAAAAACCAAAAGAUCAAAUCCCGUGCUUGAGUUUCCUGAAGCCGCCGGACAGGUCGCCUGCGUCUGGCGGUCGCUGCAGAACGGUUGGUGGUUCUAAAGGUCGGGUCUGUGUUCCGCAGGCGGUUCUGGAGAACAUCACCUGUUCUUCACCGGUCUGAACAUGUGGCUGAGGGUCAACGAUGCAGGUUCAUGCACAUCUGGAGACGUGAAGUGAGAAGUGUAAACGGGACGAAGCUCCUGUUCUCGUUCCUCAGUCCCAGAACUUUCUCGAGCGCCUGCUGUCGAGCCUCUUCCGUGCGUUUUUAAACUCGCUCCCUGAAUGCAGCGCGAGGCGUUCAGGUUCCAGGUUCGGCCAAACACAGUGAUACAAGGAGGAGAAGAAAAGAGAAAACACUGAGUUGUUUGGUCAUUUCGUCAAACUGUGAUUCUAGAUGAGUUCAUCUUCAUCCUCCUCCUCCUCCUCAUUACUCUGUAUGUUGUAAAGUGACUAGAGUCCAGACAGGUGUGAUGUCUCCAUGUCCCAGCGGCGUCUGAGAAGAGCCGACUGUACAUGAUCACUCUGUAUGAUCCAGUAAUGAUGCUAAUAACAAUUAUAAUAAUAACCUUUGUAAUUUAAUAAACACACACUGGAAAGACA